AUGCCACGACUAUCGCCUCGUAUCCUGCAUCAGGCACGCAAGAUCGACUCAUUGUUGCCUCUUGUACUACAAGGCACACGCGACCUUGCCUCUGCGAAGAACGAACUACGAUGGCUGAAAGAACAUGUCUUGUCGCAACAGCAAAACGAGCAAAGUCUUGACAGCUACAGUACACAACAACAGCUCAAAAAGCUAUGUGUCGAUAGAGCUCAUGGCAAGCCAUUGCAAUACAUCAUAGGCACUGAAUACUUUGGCGACCUUGAGAUUGCUUGCGAGCCAGGUGUUUUGAUACCAAGGCAAGAAACUGCUGCUUCGGUGACUUUCUUGAUUGAAAGGUUGCUUCAAAGGAAGAAUCUUCCAAAUCAUCUCAAGAUCUUGGAUUUGUGUACGGGAACUGGUUGUAUACCGUUACUAGCACAUUACGAAGCCAAACACAGACGAAAACACGGUCAACCUCCUCAAUUCUUGGAGGUUGUGGGUGUAGAUAUAUCCACUCAAGCCUUGAACCUCGCAAACAAAAAUCUGCAUCGUCUGGCCAGCGCAGGCUACCUGGGCUCAAACCCAUCCCUGCACUUCCUGCAGGCAGACAUCCUCGCUCCCGACACCAGCUCCAACAAAAAAAGCAACAACCCACCAUCCCUAGCCUCUGCACUGCACAACUACUCAACCACCUCACCUUACCCCCACUCUACCCACUGGGACAUCCUCAUUUCAAAUCCCCCCUACAUAUCCCCCCACGCCUUUAACACCACAACCCAACGAUCCGUAAAACGCUACGAACCGCGUUUAGCCCUGGUCCCUCCUUCUCACCCCACCUCCUCUGCAGAAAUCGACCAAGGCGACAUCUUCUACCCUCGCCUGUUAGAAAUUGCAGCGGAGGUCAAAGCCAAAAUCGUGCUUUUCGAAGUUGCGGAUUUGGAGCAAGCAAAAAGGGUUGCUGGGAUGGCGAAGAAGCAGGGGGGUUGGGAUGGAGUUGAGAUUUGGAGGGAUUGGCCGGGUGAGGAUGAUGAUGAUGAUGGGGCAGAGAGUGGAGAUAUGCUUGCGAUGGAAGAAGUCAAGACACGAGGGACGGGGAAUGGUCGUUCGGUUUUUGCAUAUCGUGGUGAUGCGAGAGAUUGGCUGGGUGCAGAGGAGACACUUGACACUCUUUGA